AUGGAGCAAAAGACCACAGUCACACUCCUAGAGCUCGCUGCAAAGAGUCUGCUGAGUAAUGAGCCUGCAGCUAUCCAUGCCCUGGGCGAAAUCCCAAGAGACCUCUUUGUUCCACUGUUCAACACUGCCUUCUUAGGUGGGCAUAAGAUGAUGCUAAAGGCAAUGGUGAGCCUUUGGCCUUUUCGCUGUCUCCAUAUUGGGUCACUGAAUGCACAAGAGUCAUGCUAUGACAUCUUGGAAGCCAUGAUUGAUGGUCUGCCGAUCCACCCUGCCCAGAACUCUUCCUCUUGGGCACCCAAACUGAGGAUCCUAGAUUUAAGGCACGACCCAGACUGUGAGACAACAUGCUCUGAGAUCCAGACCACACUCCCUUUCUGUAUUCAGUCAUGUAUUUACUCCCAGUACUCUAUCCUUAAGAUAGAAGAAGCUCAGCGUGGUGUCAGGUGCCCCGGGAUUGGUAAUUCUGGGUCUGAGCGUCAGUCAGCUCAGGAACCCAUGGAAUUAGUAGUGGAUAUUUCCCUCAGUAGUACCUUGAGAACAGAGCAGUUCCACUCUUUCCUUUGUAACAAAGUUCAGCAGAGCUUUGGGUCCUUGCACCUCUGCUGCAGAGAUUUGCAAAUCGAUGGAAUUUCUGCCCACAAAAGUAUCCUGCAGUUUCUGGAUCUGGGGUGCAUUGAUCACCUGGAAAUGGAUCAGGUUUGUCUGAGUGAAGUCGCCAGCCUUUUGGCUCGGGUGAUCCACCUGAACAGCCUUAGUCUGUCCAACAUCCCCUUUAAAUCUUAUAAGGAAAGGAAAAGGAGAUCUUUUCUCCACUGGCUUGGGCGGCUGGACAACCUCCAGGAUUUCGGCUUGGCCUCCUUCUGCCUCACAGAUCAACUGCACGAAGUGCUCAGAGAUGUCACGGUCCUGUCCCAGAGCUCUCAGGCCACGCACCUAAGGGUAUUGAAUCUCAGUAACAACCGGCUCUUCUCAGGAGUUUAUGAGCCCUUCCAGAGUCUGCUGGAGAAGGUAUCAGGCACCCUGCAACAUCUGGAGAUAAAUAAUUGUAUGCUAACUGAUUCUGCUCUCUCUGCCAUCCUCCCAGCCCUGAGCCGCUGUACCCACCUCCGUGUCCUUAGCUUUGCCUUCAAUCCCAUUACGAUGCCUAUGCUCAAGAGCGUUCUGCAGCACUUGACGUCCUUGAUGGAGCUGAAGCAUGUGAUUUAUCCUGUCCCUGUUCAUUGCUACGAGGAAUGGAAUAUUCAGGACAGUUUGGACCGACAGAAACUCGCUGAAGUUCAGGCCCAGUUGCAGGCGAUGCUGCACGGGGCACAGCGGGACAACAUGAACUGGGUCACUUGUUCUGAGUGA